CCCAAGUCCCAAAACCCCCAAGCUCUCACCAACCUUUUGUUGCCUUCUUCAAUUUUAUUUUUAUUUUUUAUUUUUUGAAAGCUGCCUUUCUUCUUAUCUUCCCUUCUUCUUCUCUCUCUCUACAAUCAAUCCAAUAUAAAAAGCCCUAGAGUGUCUCAUCACUUCUUGCAUUCUAAUCUCGAUCAGCGUUUCUCUCUUUCUCCUGCGUUCUAAUGGCUUCCAUUUCAAAGUUUCCAACCACCAAUUUGGCUUCUUCUUCGUCCUCUCGCAGCUUCAGAUCCUCCGAAUCGAGACUUCUGGUUGGUUUCUCCCCCAUAUCCACUGUUAACAGAGGUUUCUCGUCCUUGAAGCUAUCCAUUCGAAGGAACUAUGUGCACGAUCGAUCCUUGAUUGUGAGGUGCUCCCAAAUUGAUGGGAAUGGUGCCCAAACCAAGAGAACCGUUCUUCAUGAUCUUUACGAGAAGGAAGGGCAAAGUCCUUGGUACGAUAAUCUCUGCCGCCCUGUCACGGAUUUGCUGCCUCUGAUUGCAAGUGGGGUUAGAGGAGUCACCAGCAACCCAGCGAUCUUCCAGAAGGCGAUAUCUUCAUCAAACGCUUACAAUGAGCAGUUCAGUGAACUUAUAAAAGCGGGAAAAGACAUUGAAUCUGCAUACUGGGAACUUGUAAUCAAGGACAUUCAAGAUGCAUGCAAGCUCUUUGAACCAAUCUACGAUCAAACUGAUGCAGCCGAUGGCUAUGUGUCUGUUGAAGUUUCUCCGAUGCUAGCUGAUGAUAUGGAAGGUACUGUAGAGGCUGCAAAAUGGCUUCAUAAGGUGGUUGACCGCCCUAAUGUGUACAUAAAGAUCCCUGCAACAGCAGCAUGCGUCCCUUCUAUAAAAGAAGUUAUUUCUCUUGGUAUCAGUGUCAAUGUUACUCUCAUAUUCUCCCUUGCAAGAUAUGAAGCUGUAAUUGAUGCUUAUUUGGAUGGGUUAGAGGCUUCUGGUUUGAGUGACCUCUCCAAAGUUACAAGCGUUGCUUCCUUCUUUGUGAGUCGGGUAGACACCCUCGUUGACAAGAUGCUGGAGAAAAAUGGAAUCCCUGAGGCCCUUGAUCUCCGAGGGAAGGCUGCCGUAGCUCAAGCGGCAUUGGCGUACCAGCUCUACCAGAAGAAAUUCUCUGGCCCUAGAUGGGAGGCUUUGGAGAAGAAAGGUGCCAAGAAGCAGAGGGUGCUUUGGGCCUCAACCAGUGUCAAGAAUCCAGCCUAUCCUGAUACCUUAUAUGUUGCCCCACUUAUUGGACCAGAUAGUGUGUCAACCAUGCCUGACCAAGCACUCCUAGCAUUCAUCGACCAUGGUGCCGUCUCGAGGACAAUUGACUCAAACGUCUCAGAGGCUGAAGGCAUCUACAGUGCACUUGAGAAAUUGGGAAUUGACUGGAACGAAGUUGGGACCCAACUUGAACUUGAAGGUGUGGAUUCUUUUAAGAAGAGCUUCGAGAGCCUACUUGUUACCUUACAAGAGAAGGCGAAUACCCUUAAGUUGGUCACACUGUGAACCCAGUUGGCUUGGUCACACGACUUCCUCUUUUUCUCUUUGUUGUUUUGUCAGUAAAACUUAAAAUAAAGGAGGUUUGAUUCCUAUUGUAAAUAGUCUGUUAGUAGUACCAUGUGAGGAUUUUUAUUGUGUUUGAUCCAGUGCCUAAUCUAGUGUAUUUUUGGUGGAAAA